UGUGUUUCUGUCUGUCUGGGUGUGUCUGUGUCUGUGUUUCUGCCUCUGCUCCUUUCACUGGGUUUGGAAGUAAAUCCAAAAAAAAAUGGCAUAAAAUGACCCACUCAAUGCAUUUCGGAUUUCUGUGCACCACACAAAAAAUAAUUAACCCUUACACUGCUCUUCAACACACAUUGCCGCACUAAUAGUGUUUGGUUCCAACGAAUCAUAAAAAUGAAAGGCUUUAGCUGCAUUGAUGUAAGCACUUUUCACCACCAUCGGAUGUCUCAAAGCGCUUUAUAGCCAGUGGAAAUACUCCUGAAGUGUAGUCACUGUUGUAGUGCAGGAUCGGGGACAGCCAAUUUCCACACAGCAAGUUCCCACACACACAUCAUGAGUGGUAAAUCUAACUUUUGUGAUGUUGGUUGAAGGACACAGAUUAGCCAGGGCACUGGAGAAUAAACGCACUGUUCUUCUUUAAAAUAGUGCCACGGGAUCUUUUAUGUCCGCCUGAGAGAGUAGAUGAGGCCUCAGUUUAACGUUUCAUCUGAAUGAUGGCACCUUCAGCAGUGCAGCACUCCCUCAGCAUUCAUUAGAGUGUCAGCCUUGUGCUCAAGCCCUGGGGUGGGACUUGAACCAAAGGAAUCUAAUCUUACAUACUCCUUUAACACAAACUGUCCCACUAAUAAUGUUCCAUCCGAGCCAGUUAUGUGUUCCUUGGAAUUUAAAAUGGUUGCACAUAAGUUAUGUUGUUAAAAACAUUGGACAAUUUCCAUUUGAAGUGUUAAGGAUUUUUUUUUGUUUGAUUUGUAAUGCAAUGCACUAUUUUUGAAUUGACUACCUCACUGCAAUUGGCCCGGAUUUUGCAAUUGUAACGAUGUUGAAACUGUCAGCAUUUGCCAUCAUUAUUCUGUAAAACUGUUUGCAACUUGUAAUGCCGCAGCUGCACAGUUAGAUGUGGAAAACCUGAAGUUGCUGUCAGCGAUUCCCCACUCCUCCACAGCUAGGGUAUGCUGCUGAAGUCCUCCCAGAUGGAAAUAUAUUCAGAAAUGACUGAAUGGAUUUGGUGUGUAGCGCGCUGCACCGGUCUGCACCAUGUAACAAGUUUUUAAGCCAGUUCACAAACUCCCUUUAAUUUCUGCAGCCUGGAGGAGUCUGUGUUUCAUCUUUAGGGUGUGAGAGAUUGCAGCCCCUAUUCCAUUAUCUGCUUCUCAAUUUCAGGCUGCAGUUCAGUCCCAUCCUCCUGAUUUUUGGCCAUUCAGUGCAGAGGGGAGCAGGCUGAUCGGGACAGCUCCUCGUGGGUCUGCUCCUGGGCUUGGCUUAGGUGAUCAUCAGCAGGUCAAGGCAAUAGGAGGCCAAGGGGGUCAUUCAGCCUGACUGCCUGUCUCUCUUCCACUGCUAUAUCUGGUGAGUAGCAUGUGGUACCUGCUGGUAAGCUAGAGGCCUCUGCAACCAGGGAGGGAUUGGAGUGUAUCUUCAUCCACAGGGAGGGAUUGGAGUGUAUCUUCACCCACAGGGAUGCCAUUUAAAUUUGAUUGGUUAAGUUUCCUUUAAAUGUUUUUUUUCUGUUGCAGGUUAUUAAUCAUACUCCUUUAAGAAAGAGGCACACAUUCCCUCUUUUAAUUGAUAAACACCUUCCAUUAGUUCAGCGGCGGGAGCUCAGAGAGAGAAAGUUCCAGAGAGAAAUAAAAAGCAACCCCACUGAGAAACAUGAACAAAGUCCAUCCACCCGAGCUCAAGUAGUUUAAGGACAAGAAACUCAAACUGAAUGGUGGGAGACCUGUGCAAGGAAUUCUGCAUGGCUUCACCCCCUUCAUGAAUCUUGUCAUGGGUGAAUCAGUCGAGAUGGCACCUGGAGACCAGCAACAUAACAUUGGCAUUGUGGUUAUCGGAGGGAACAGCAUUAUCAUGCUGGAAGCCUUAGAGCGAGUACAGUGAAGACUGCUCUAUUCCUGAAAACAUGGAAAAGAACAUUGCGGAGACAGCACACACGUCAUUUUGAGCCCUAGAAUUUUUUUUUGUCCUUAGUUUUUCUGGUAGAAUAUGGCAAUUGGUUGAAUCGUUUGAGGUGCCACCUGCCAUUUUUGUGAAUACUUUAUUAUUUGCACUUGUGGGACCUAAAGGACAUUAAAUAUAUUUUUGCACGAAAAAAAUAGAAGAGACAGAAAUCACUGAAUUGACGUGAACUUCCAUUUUCACAAGGUAACCCCG